AUGCGAAACGACAUAUCUCUUCUUGGAUCUGACCCCGUGGUAAUGCAAACAAUAUUAAAUAAUCUUACUACUUCCGCCUUGGUUUGGCAUGCGCUUCACACCUGCAAAGUGUUAAGUGCUGCUGCAAGACUGGGUAGGAUCGAACCCAAUGCGGAUGAACCGACUGAGGCGGUAGAAAAAUUUGUUUGCCUGGGCAGCUGUAUCAGUCCCGGUCUCGCGAAAGCUGAUAUUUCCAUCCGGGUUGGGGAAGCUAUAGGAGCUAUUGUAAACUCGCGUCACCGGUGGUGUGGACGUGACACCAGUCUAUCCGUCAAUGGUCGAGUUUACAAUGCCGCUAUGCGCCCCAUAUCACUAUACGUAUCACAAACGUGGCCGCUGCGCGCCAAUGACGUCAAAAGACAUUCAGUCUCUGACCAUCGAUAUCUUCGGAUCAUUGCCCGAGUUUGCCGUCGCGAAGAGACUGAACCUUACCGUGGUGUGAUGGUUUGCGCACCUCAGGGACCCAUUGAGCUGCACUGGGAGAUACCCCCGCGACACUCCGAGUCUCUCAUACCAGGCCUAGCACUCAGGACUGAUGACUACGUUCGUCUUGCAUCGAUUUUGCGUGCAGCAUCUGCUCGUCACAUGGCGCUGACAUCCUCAGAUAUCUCCAAAUCAGUUUUCGAGCCUCGACACCCGGCAUGUCUGGCCGCCCUCAAUGUCCGCACUCUAAAUCAAUCAGGACAAGUUGCUCUUGCUCUCGCACUGAACUCGCUUGGAUUUGAUGUGCGCUGUGUCUCAGAAACGAGAAUUCAAGAUACGAGUACAGUGAUUGAGCUAACCGCUCCGUCAGUCUUCACUCGCUUCCGGCUGCGCACCUCUGAUGAUCCAGAGGCUGCUGCAGUGGGAUGUGCAGGGGUUGUUAUCGUCCUAAGUCAUCAGCGGGAAGUGAAAGUGUGCGUGCGAGCCGACCGUGAAGUGUGGUGGACACAGAAAGCCAAAGAAAUGGAAGGUGUUCAGAAAACCGGUAAUUCUCGAAGAUUAUUUCAGUUGAUCCGUGCUCGCGGUCCCCGAAAACCACCUGUGAGCGAAACCACCAAGCAUCGGAAUGGACGGACCAUCUCGAAUAAGGAAGAACGCCUCGACCGGUGGGCUCAGUACUUCGAACAACAACUGUCUUGGCCACCUGCUGGCACUCAUCUAGAGCCUCCUCGGGGGCUUGCGAUAUGUUCUCUCAAGCUCCAUCGAGCUUCUGGUCCGGAUGGCCUGCCACCCGCGUUGUUCAAAGACGGGAGUGAAGUCCUCAGUCAACGCUCGUCUGAUCUGUUUGCCUGCACUUGGGAAAAGGAGUCUGUCACACAACUGGUGUGCCCACUCUCCCCGUUCAUUUUUAGCUUCGCAGACGACAUCGUUCUCAUCUUCGACGAGGAGGAGAAGGCGCAAGUGUUUUUGGAUGAACUGACCAAAAGUCGUCCCGCCCUUUGGACGAGUGGUCCUCUAUGCCCAGCCUCUGAGUGUGGAUCGUUUCCUCGCCGGAAUCCGUCAUCCUCAUCGUCUUCUAAGUCACCUGAAGAAAAACAGUCGGUAAAUUCGAAGUCCUCAUCCGCAAAGAUUUCACUGUCUGUGGGUCAGUUGGAUGUUUCAGACAGAUGUAAACAAGGAAAACAGGCUGUGUGUGAAGGUGGCGUUUCUUCGUCCUCGAGGAACUCACCCAAUGACUACAUAUGGCAGAAGAUUGAGUCCUUAAUAGAAAAAAUGGUCUCAGAUGAGAACGGUAUUCCCGUUCGCAACGUAAAAAGCCUGAUGUCCACGAUCCCGAGUACUUUUACCGGCAGUGAUAUCGUCCAAUGGUUAAUGCAGCAUGUGGGGGCAAGCGACGUGGCAGAGGCCGUCAACCUGGGAAGUCGCAUUGCUUCAAUGGGCUACAUUUUCUGCAUAGAUGAUCACACACUGACUGUGAAAAAUGACAACCACACCUACUAUAGGUUUCAGACUCCUUUUCUCUAUCCCAGUCGUUGUAUGGAAGCGGACACAGUAGACUAUGCUGUCUACCUGUGUAAACGAACCAUGCAAAAUAAACAGCGCCUGGAGUUGACUGGAUUUGAGGCGGAGCGACUGGCCAGCCUGCAGAAUCUUUAUUGUCACCGAUGGGAGUUUGUGUAUAUUCAGGCUGAAGCAGAGGCCAAAGUUGACAAGAAAAGGGAUAAGUUGGAGCGUUUGGUCUUGGACUCCCAAGAACGAGCUUAUUGGGACGUACACCGCCCACCUCCAGGAUGUGUGAAUACCACUGAUAUUGAUAUGCGUAAGCUUUGUCGCGCCAAACGCCCCAAGAAGAUUCCGUGUCGACCUGUGAAUUUCCCGAUCCCAAGCGGCCCUGUCCUCGAAGGUAUCCCACUACAAGAUGCCGUAGCCAAAUUGAACGCAGCGUUUCGCACCCGAAUUAAAACGACAAAAGCAGCGGAAAGUUUACAGAACUAUUGUGAUCAGUACUCGGAGUUUGAUCUGCUCUUAUCGGCUUCCGCACUAACGCCAUCCACUGCAACGGUCGGUCAACCGUCUGCAACUGCGUCCGCCACGCAGCUCUUCGCUGCGGGUCCGAAUAGAGCCGCAUCACCUCACAGCAACACCAUCGCCGGGCGCAGUGCAUCGGACAAGGGUAUUGGUGGUGGCCGGAUAGGGGCUUCCGGUUUUGUUGGCUUUGUCUCUUCGGGAUCCACAAACUUUCUCCGCACUGUAGGCAGUUCGAACAACACCGCCGGUCAUUCAGUUGCGACUGGUACGAGUUUGGGGGGUUCAGGCGGUGGUACUACCCACGGAUCGCUGGGACACAUGAUUGGCACAUCUCAGAACCUCUCGCACGAGACCGUUCAUGAAUCUGCGAGUGCACUGAAUCCGUGGAUCUCGGAUAAUCCAGACCAUUGGAACACAGACGCACGCCCCAAAUACCUACCCAUACGGCGUGUGAAGCGUUGGAGCUUCUCCAUUCACGAACUCCUCAAGGACCCUAUUGGGUUAGAGGAAUUUCAGCGGUGGUUAGAAAAGGAAUUUUCAGCGGAAAACUUGCGUUUUUGGCAGGCGUGUCAAGAGCUCAAAGGAGCCCCACUACGUGAGCUGCGUCAGCGCGUGCUCAACAUCUACAACCAGUAUCUGGCCCCCAACGCCGUGGACCCACUGAAUGUGGACAGUCGGAUUGCCGAUUCUAUCCGACGUCAGCUCAGCAACACCUCCCCUGAUGUCAAUCUGGAUCGAUAUUGCUUCGAAGAAGCCGAGAGUCAUAUUUUUCACCUGAUGAAGUCGGAUUCCUACUAUCGUUUCCUCCGUUCCGACUAUUAUCGCGAAUUAUUCAGUGGGGUGAAAAAGAAAUCGAAAAAGCAUCGAUCUGGCGUCGGACUUGCUGGCGGAGCAAUCGGCGUACAGGCUGCUGGUGUUGGAGUUGGUUUAGAUUAGCCAUCCUAACUCGUACAAUUUCCCUCUAAUUCUAGGUCGAACUGCCCCAUGUGCGCUUCGCCUCUGUGAUAUGGUCACACUAUGUGCUAAACUCCACUCUAGUCGACUCGUGAUAGCAACGAUGCAUUUAUUGUCUGGUUUGUCCAUGUUUUUGUUUCGUUGUUUUCAAUGUUGUGCCUCCACCUACCUGAUCUUGCCGUUUACCCAAUUUUCAGCAUUUUGACUUUCCGUGAAAACACCACACACUUUGAGGCUACUUUCACUCUCUUACGGAUGCAUUUCAUUAGUAGUUUAUUUUUCGUCAAAUUGUUUGGCACAUUUCCAAGUCUACUUUGAUAAUCAUUACACACCUUACCCAUUUUCG